UGUUUUACUCCGUUAGAAACGGCGUUCACAUCCUUUUGCCGUUCAAAUGGAAUCGCCAGAUGAGCAAACGGAUGAGGCAAUAGAUUCUACCAAGGAAGUAGUAAAUGGAAGAAAUAGAACAGAAGAAUUGGCCCGAUUUUCAGAGAAAGAAUCAGGGUUAAUAUCUCAACAAGGAGUAAAAAGAGUAUGUUCAGAAGGAUGGUAUUCAGAAUGGCCGGUUAAUCGGAAGAAGUCAAAGAAUAUGAGUAAAAAUGAGGGUAGAAAUGAGGGUAGAAAUAUGUGCAGUGGGUUGAAUAAAGGAAUCAACACGAGUAAAGCAGAAUUUAUGGAAAAUAUAAGAGAAAGAUUAAAAAAGGCAAAAGAGGAAGAAGAGGAGCGUAUUAUGGCGAAAAGAAUAGAGAUUCAGGCUAUGUUAAUUGAGAGGUUGAAUAAUCGUGCGAAAAAAGUGGUAGAAAAGACGCCGAAAUGUUAUUUUAAUGAAGUAAAUCUUGAUAAGACAUAUUUGGGAUUUAGAGAUGCAAAAGAGAGUAUAAAAAAGGAAAAAGAUAUUUUUAGAAGGGAGAAGGACUCUUCUAAAAAAGAGCGUAAUGCAUUUAAGGAAAAAGAUAUCUUAGAAUUGAGUUUUUCUAUGGAUGAAGAAACAUCGGGAUCAGAAGGGAUGUAUAGACCUAAUAAAAAGGUUAAAAAGAGUACGAAUCGUUUAAGGACGUUAGAAGAAUCGAUAGCGUAUGUUUGGAAGGAAAUAUCGAAGAAAGAGGUUCCCAAAGUGUAUAAGAUGAUUCAACAAAAUUAUGCAACACGAAGCAGCAAUUCGCGUAAAACGGCAUUACUUUGCUCGAAAGAAGCAAGACGUUGGCAAUUCCGAACGAACAAGAAUAUCAAAGAUAUGCAAGCACGAGCAAAACGAGCAAUGAGAGAGAUGCUUGUUUUUUGGAAGAGAAAUGAGAAAGAAGAACGAGAACAACGUAAAAAAGAGGAAAAAGAAGCAAUAGAAAAGGCAAAAAAGGCAGAAGAACAAAGAGAAGCCACACGACAAGCGAGGAAAUUAAAUUUCUUAAUUACACAAACAGAAUUAUAUUCUCAUUUUAUUAGUCGAAAAAUAAGAUCUGAAGAGACAAAUAAUGUUGAUGAGAUAAAGGGUCUAUCCAAGGAUAAAGAGGAAAAAGCAUUAGUAGAUAAUUCAUUAGAAAUGAUGGAAACACCACCAUCGAACCAUUGUUCAAUCAAAGAUCUUGAUUUCGAUGGAGUAGAUGAUGAUUCACUUCGGCAGAUUGCUAUUAAGAAUGCACAAAAUGCCAUUUCAUUAGCAAAAAAUCAUGCUGAACAAUUUAAUUCAAUCGGAGAGUCUAAGAAUAUGUUUGACGGUAGUGAAAUGAAUUUUAUGAAUCCAUCAUCUCUAGGAAAUGUCACAAUUACCCAACCGAAAAUGCUUCAAUGUCAACUUAAGGAGUAUCAAAUAAAAGGACUCACAUGGCUAGUUAAUUUGUACGAACAAGGUAUCAAUGGUAUUUUAGCCGAUGAAAUGGGUUUGGGAAAAACAGUACAAUCCAUUUCUGUCAUGGCUUAUCUUGCGGAAAAUCAUAAUAUAUGGGGACCUUUUUUCGUAAUAGCGCCUGCAUCUACCCUUCAUAAUUGGCAACAAGAAAUUACUAGAUUUGUGCCAAAAUUAAAGGUUCUUCCUUACUGGGGAAAUAGUAAGGAUAGAAAGAUUUUACGUAAAUUUUGGGAUCGAAAACAGCUUACAUAUACAGAGGAUGCACCAUUUCACGUUCUCGUUACAUCUUAUCAACUUGUAGUUCAGGAUGCGCAGUAUUUUCAAAGGGUAAAGUGGCAAUACAUGAUUCUUGAUGAGGCACAAGCCAUCAAAAGCUCAAGUAGUUCAAGAUGGAAGAACUUACUUGAUAUGAAAUGUCGAAAUCGCUUACUUUUAACCGGAACACCGAUUCAAAAUACAAUGCAAGAAUUAUGGGCUUUAUUACACUUUAUCAUGCCAAGUUUAUUCGAUUCUCAUGACGAGUUUAGCGAAUGGUUUUCAAAAGAUAUUGAGAGUCAUGCACAGAGUAACACUUCUUUAAACGAGCAACAAUUACAACGUCUUCAUAUGAUUCUUAAACCUUUUAUGUUGCGCCGUGUCAAGAAGCAUGUUCAAAGUGAACUAGGGGAAAAAAUUGAAUUGGAAAUUUAUUGUAAUCUUUCCUAUCGUCAAAAAGCCUAUUAUAAAACAUUACGUGAAAAAAUUUCUAUUGCAGAUAUUAUUGAAAAAGCAACACAAGGUGGUGAUGAAAACGUAGCAAGCCUUAUGAAUAUCGUCAUGCAAUUUAGAAAAGUAUGCAAUCAUCCUUAUUUAUUCGAGAGAAUAGAUGUAAUCUCGCCUUUAUGCUUUGCACAAUGGGUUGAAACACCAUCAUUAAUGCGUGAAGGAUCAAAUCUUUAUAUACCAUAUAGUUUAAAAAGUCUAAUCAAAUUCCAUGUACCAAAACUUUUUUAUCGUAAUGGUGGUAUUUUAAAUAAUCAUGGACCAAAUUCGUCUUUUGGGUUUCGCAUUAAAUAUUUUAAUUAUAUAAUGAAUAUAUUUGACACGAAAUAUAUAUAUGAUUCCUUAUGGAAAAAUCAUCAUGAUUCACCGUUUUCAUGGUCAUAUUUUAUUGGGCUUUCACCUUCCGAACUUUCUAGAUUAUUUCAUUAUAAUAUAUGGAAACGAGCUCUUCGUAACCAAAUGGAUUUAAGUAAAAAGUAUAUGGCAAAAUUGCAUUUAUUAUACAAAGAUAUUCGAAUACCCGAUCAUUUUAUGUUUUUCAUAAAAAAGUUUACCGAACAUGUGUUGAUCUCUGAUAUGGAAAAUGAUUCUCCUAUGUAUAAUUUAUGCAAUAUAUCCCGUAACGUUUUUAUUGAACAAUUACUACAUCGAUUAGAGCCAAUGUAUGAUCAAAAAGUUUCAUCUCCUCCUAUAGACGCUGAAUGUAUAGAUAGAACUUUUACGCUUGAACAAGAGCAGUUUUUUUUUGAUGAAGAUGUUAGAAAAGAAUUUCUUGGAAUUACAGUGUUUGAAGAAAAAAAUAUUAUUGAUAAUAAUAUAGACUUAAAUAUUAUCGAAUAUCCCGUAGAAAAUAUAUUAGGAAGACCAUUGCUUGAAAAAUCAAGCUUUGGAAGACUUCGAAUGCCUGCUAUGAGUAGAUUUGUUACGGAUUCAGGAAAACUUGCAAAAUUAGAUGAACUCUUAGCCGUUUUAAAGGCAGGUGGACAUCGCGUACUUAUAUACUUUCAAAUGACUAAAAUGAUCGAUUUAAUGGAAGAAUAUUUGACAUAUAGACAAUAUAAGUACCUUCGUCUGGAUGGAUCAUCUAAAAUUAAUGAUAGAAGAGACAUGGUAAAUGAUUGGCAAACACGACCGGAAAUAUUUGUAUUUCUUCUUAGUACUCGCGCGGGUGGUCUUGGUAUUAAUUUGACAGCAGCAGAUACCGUAAUAUUUUAUGAUUCCGAUUGGAAUCCAAGUUCAGAUGCACAAGCUACAGAUAGAGCGCAUCGUAUUGGUCAAAUGAAGCAAGUUACAGUGUAUAGAUUUGUCACUCGAGGAACAAUUGAAGAACAUAUUUUAGAACGGGCAAAACAAAAACAACAAGUACAAAAUAUUGUUAUUUCCGGAGGAAAAUCGAUAGACUUUGGUAAAAAUCAUAGAGAAGUUGUUUCUUGGCUUCUUAAUGAUGAUGAAUUGGAAAAAAUUCAAGAACACCAAAAUCAGAAAAAUCAUAAAUCAAAUUUAUCACAAAAGGGCAGUUUAAAAAAAUUAUUUUAAAAAUCAAAUAGACCAUUUUUCAAGUCUUAUUAAUUUUGUAUCAGAU